CAUCUUACCUCUGCCUCUGUUCUCUAGUCCUCAGUGAUGAUUGGCUGAUAACUGGGUGGGUGCAUUGGGGAAAAACAAGCAUUUACACUCUGCUCCCAUCUGUGACUGCAGUAAAGUCUCAGGUCAGAUACAGACUCUCCAACUUCAUUUCAGUCCAAAUUUUUUUUGGCAGUUUAUGCUGUCAUGAGGUCACUGGCCUUCACCGUUGCCAUGGCAAAUCUGUGUGCAAUCAUGGUGCACGGAGAUGUCCAGCCACAGACAGACUUUAACCUGCAGAGGUUUACAGGAAAAUGGUACCGUGUGGGUUUGGCCUAUGAUUCUCCAGGAUUUGCCCCCUACAGAGACAAACUGAAGAUCUCCGUUGGCACCGUCACAGCAUUGCCAAAUGGCAACGUAAACCUUACAAUGUGGGACGCCCUACCUUCAGGUUGUUCCACCCAGGAGUACCAGUACGUGAAGACCACCGUACCCGGACAGUUCACCUACUUCAGCACCCGCCAUAAUAUGGUGAAGGACAUCACUGUGGUGGAGACAAAUUAUACCGAGUACGCUUUGGUUAUCAAACACAAGACCUUUAACAGAGAGUACACACAGGUGGCACUGUACGGUCGUUCUCAAAAGGUCAAACCUGAAAUAAUUCAGAAAUAUAAAACCUUUGCCUUGGCUCGUGGUUUCCCCGUAGAGUCUAUUCUGACUCCACCCCCAGCAGAAAACUGUCCACCAUCUGCUUCUGCACACUAAGUGAUUCUACGGGGUGAAAAUUUUGCAGCAUAUAUUCUGUGUGAAUGCAAAAAAAAAAAGUGUAAUUUUCUGUCUCUUUUUUGUUAUUUGCUGUGGAUGGGUAUGGCAGCAUCUUCAAUGUCUUCAGGUCCCUUUUUCUAAACCGACAGUGCUUUUAAAUUUAAACAUCAGUAUGGAGCUGUUUACAAGAAAUCCCUGUUGUCCUGUUUUGCAGCAAUUUUAUGGAUAAAUAAAUUUUAACUCCUUAACUGU